UCAAAGAUGUCUAAUCAAGACCCUGGUAUGUUAGUACGUGCUUGCUCGGUGUGUGCUCUUUCAAUGGCUCACGUGAACCCAAAGCAUCUCUCCAAUUCACGGAAGCUAGCGCAACAGGGUUUGUAAACCCUGUACACACAGAGGUGACGUACUAUGGGGCACCCACGCUCUCCCACGAGACAAAAGCUGCCGUCCAAUAGAAUGGCCACGAGAAGACCCCGCCCACAACUCAAGACACAUUGGUCUUCAAAAAACCGACCUGGUGAACCUCCACGAAAUCACUUUGACGACAGGGUCUACAAAGCCAUCAACAAGCGAUAGAUUCAUCGUAGACGAGCUAGUGAGUUGCUUUAGGCCACCGACAUGAAGACAGUCCGCCUUCGGGAGCUCCUGCUUCUGCUUCUGAGUGCAGCUCUGCUAGUCGUCGUAACGGAGUGUCUACCUCGACAGAGCGACCCAUACUAUCCUGACGACAGCAACGACAUGGCACUUGAGGAACUGAGGGACCUGCUGGAGGAACGUGAACUUGAACUGUUGAGGGCAGAGGCUGCUCUACCCGAACGUGCACGGCGUUACAAAACGAAUGACUCCAGACUUCCAUUGUGGGCCAUACAUAGGCGGGUAUGUGGGCGACAGAGGUGCGGCACUGGUCACCUGUAUGACUUCGUACUGUCAGCAAUCAACCAAGAGGCACUGCCCAGGCACAGGCAAAUGUGCCCGACUGCCAAAACGCCCUGCAAACAGAUGUACGGGAACCGCCGCAUCAAGAAGUGCGACUGCCCGCCUGGCUUCUUCUGCGACAUGACAACAUAUGGGAACACUCCGUGUCAGAAGCUCUGAAGCAGCUGCCAUAUCGCAGAGAGCCAUGGCGAAGGAGUUUACAUUGCUGCGAAUCUCCAGCGGUGAUGCGAUGGAACAUACUCUAGAUAAUGUAGAACGUAUUUCGCUAGAUAAUUGUACCUCUGUUCUUCGCCUGAAUUCACUUUCCGUCGCUAGCAUGUAAAGACGAUAUACCAAACUUUGUUGCAGAUAUUUUGCUUGCAGAAUUAAAAGUUUAAAG